CACAAUGUCGUCCGCUCCCCUCACACUUGUCGUGCGCCCUCGUGGCCGCCCGAUCAAGAACCUUCCCGAGACCGUUACCGUCAGCGCCGACGCCUCUGCCGCACAGAUUUUCGAGGAAAUUGCAAAAGCAUCCAAGUUUUCGGCUCAUCGCCUGCGGGUCACAAAGGGUAGCGAUGGGUCGCCAAUUCCCAACACGCGGGACGUCAAGGUGUACGACACGGGCCUGAGGAACAAGAGCGCCGUCGACGUCAAGGACUUGGGGCCGCAAAUCUCAUGGCGAACCGUCUUCAUCGUCGAAUACCUCGGACCGCUCCUGAUCCAUCCGCUCUUCUACUAUGGCCGCCCCCUCAUUUACGGCACCUCUGCGCCUCCGUCAGAGCUCCAGAAGCUCACGAUGCUCAUGUGCGUGAUGCACUUUGCGAAGCGCGAGUACGAGACGCUGUUUGUGCACCGCUUCUCGUCGGCCACGAUGCCCGCAUUCAACAUUGUCAAGAACAGUGGACACUACUGGCUCCUUUCGGGUUUGAACCUAGCCUACUGGAGCUACAGCCCCAGCAGCCCGGCGGCGGGGCCCUCGAACCCGCUCCUCACGUACCUCGGGCUCGCGCUGUUUGCCAUUGGCGAGGUGUGCAACUUUAGCACACAUGUUACGCUCAAGAACCUACGGCGUCCCGGCAGCACGGAGCGCGGCAUCCCUCAGGGACUGGGCUUCAACCUGGUGACAUGCCCCAACUACAUGUUUGAGUCGAUGGCGUGGAUCGGAGUGGCUCUGGUGAACUGCAGCUUGAGCACCGUUCUGUUUAUUGUGGUGGCUGUGGGACAGAUGGGCGUGUGGGCGUGGAAGAAGGAGAAGAGGUAUCGCAAGGAGUUUGGCGACAAGUACAAGCGCAAGAGGUACGCCAUUCUGCCGGGCCUCUGGUAAAUGGAGCAUCACGCGACCAGGUGUGUGGUGGAAUAGGCAGGUGCAAGCUUUGUGGGGUGGCACGGCAUAUGGAGCGCUGUGCAAAGGCGAAUGUAGAAUAGGCUGCAUGGUGUGGGCUGGGCCUGGUGCGAGGCUGAAUUGGUGGAGUCGGGUGGAGGCCGUCAACGCAGAUGGUCCCGCCGGCCACCAGAUGGGCAACAUGUCCGCAGCUAUCGUCCGUGUUUGGAGUAUAUGGUAUGUAUGUAGUGUGUAACUAAUGCUGUGAAG